AUGGAUACGUGUCAUCUGCUGUUUGGGCGGCCAUGGCAAUACGAUAGGAGCGUUGUGUAUAAUGGAAGAACUAACACUUACAGUUUUACCAAGGAUGGAGUCAAGAUUGUGUUACUACCUAGUAGGGACACCACCCACACCAGCCCAACUAGGGAUAGUACCAAUCUAUUGACCUUGGCAAAGUUCGAGUUGGAAAUUCUACAGUCAGAUGUGGUGUUUGCCCUGAUAGGGAAGGGAGUUGCAGUGGAGGAAGCUAUUCCACAUAUUGCAAAACCAAUUGUGGACGAGUUCAAGGAUGUGUUCCCUGAUGAACUGGCCGAUGAACUGCCACCAUUGCAAGAUAUCCAGCAUCAGAUUGAUUUGGAGCCCGACGCGGCUCUUCCAAAUCGGCCCUACUAUCAGAUGAGCCCAACAGAACAUGAAAAACUGCGGUGA